AUGGCACCAGGACCCGCAGGCAGAGACGCGACUCGCAGGAAAAGGUACUUUAAGCUACUUAAAUGGCCUGUUGCACGUCACUGUAAAAAAGAAUGAGAAAAUAGGAUUGAAUGACAUCAUGAAAAUGAUCUACUGUAGCUAAGUAAUGGGUACGUUAUUUUACAGUAAGGAUCAGCUGGACUGGAGCACGUGCUGGAGCAACAGCCUGAAAGAGAUUGCAGGCCUCCUACCCAUAUCUGAGCCUAGGAAUGGCCGAGGACUCACCAAGGUUUGUGCACGGACGUUCUUGAUUUAAUUGUAUACAUGGAUUCUCUGUAUGAGUAUUUGUGUCCGUAUGUAUGUGGGUGCAUGUCUACUGUAUACAGUACGGUUACAUUAUGUGGGUGGGUGUUUCUGUGUGUGAUGUCUCUCUAAUCUAUUUUCAGAAGGAGACUCUGGUCCACAUGCUGCGCUAUUUUGACUUUCUUCAGAGUAAGAUCCAGACCCUGCAGAGCCGCUUGCCCCCCCACUGCAUCCCCAAGCAGGAACCCGACACAGGUACAACCUCAGCCAAGCAUUUUAUUUUUAUUUUUUUAUUUAACCUUUAUUUAACUAGGCAAAUCAGUUAAGAACAAAUUCUUAUUUACAAUGACGGCCUACACCGGCCAAACCCGGACAACGCUGGGCCAAUUGUGCGCCGCCCUAUGGGACUCCCAAUCACCGCCGGUUGUGAUACAGCCUGGAAUCAAACCAGGGGGUCUGUAGUGAUGCCUCAAGCACUGAGAUGCUGUGCCUUAGACCGCUGCGCCACUCGGGAGCAUCAAGACAAGUACAGACUACGUACCUGAGUUUCAUUCAAUGCAUUUACCCUGUGUAUGUGUGUGUGUGUGUCUGCGUGCACAGGGUCUGAGAGUGAAGAGAACACCCUCUCUGAGCCCUGUACCCCCCCUCACACUCUAAAGGCCAAGCGCAAAUAUGCUUGCAGCCGUUCCCGCAAGAGACCUGCCCCCACCUCAGGUACCAGACCCACACCUCCCCCAGCUACCCAUGACAUUAUGUUCAACACUGUCAAAGACUGUUGUAAGGUGAUGAGAGUAGUUCUGCUAAUUACAUCAAGUAUGAUUACAAACUGUCGUUUUGUGUGUAAUAAUAUCACACUAACCAGAAUGUUGCGUUUCUGUUUGGUUAACUCAGAGGUGAAGGCAGAGCUUCAGGUGAAAAGAAGGAGGUUGUACAAAGCUGUAGCUAAUGGAAAAAGAGUUUACCCAGAGGAGGAGGGUGUGUCUGUCCCCAUGUGGGGCGUGCAUUCUGAUUGGUCAGAGCUCCAGUCUAGGGAUAGCCAUGGGGCGUGGCCUGUGUAUGACAGCGAUUCCCAGCCGAGCUCCCUGGAUUCAGGCUUCAGCCUAAAUCAGCUGCUCCCCCUGAGUACGCCUCUGGAGGGUGAGUUAGGCUGGAGGGUCCUUCAGUGGUCUCAGGGCUAUACAGGACAGGUGUGUUUGGGACAAAUGUUACUGAGUUGAUGCCUCUCUUUCGGUCUCCCACAGGGAGCAGUGGGACUCUGUGGACUCCAUCCCCAACACAGGGAGGCCACUGCUCUGUCUGUGAGGACCGCACAGGCAGCGAGAGCAGCCCAUCAGGGAGCGGGGUCCUAGACACUCCAACUACUCCAAUUACUGGGUGGGUUUACAUCCCUGUAGCCACAUGCUUGUCCUUUUUAGUGUAACUUAGUAUAGUAUUCAUGUGUUUGUGUUUUCAACCCGUAUCUAUGUGUUUUCAGGCCAGGAUCACUUUUCCUGAAGGACCAAAUGCUUGGGGUCAUCCCACCCAUGCGAGGGCAAAGGGAGCCCUUCCUCAGCCCUGCUGCCACGCCCCAACGCCCUAUCCUACUCCCCCUGCUGCCUCUGUUUGGGACGGGGGACAGUCUGAACCUCAGCCCCUCCCUCCUCACAUCACCUGCCCGGGGCCUCAGCCACUGCCUGCUGCCUGAGGGCCAGGAGGAGCUCCAUGGUAACACUCCUUUUAAUAACACACGCUCAAUAUUAAGCUGCUUGAAUAUUCAUCUUAGUGACCAGGGUAUUGCUGCUUUAUGUUGUUAGGUACAAAAUAUACCCUGCCUGCCAUUGAAGUAUAUUUGAAGUGUCUGACUUCAAAUAGAUUAAGGGAAGCUUGGUGUAGUGUGCAGUCUACCAAGUAGUGCAGUCUGUAAAACCUUGCUGUAACUCGAUUGGAAGGAUUCCUCCAGCUAUUAAUCAUCUACAUUCCUACUUACGUCUUCAGUUCCUGGUGCAAGAGAGAGAGAGAGUGAAACAUAGCCAACAGCCAACACACACUCAUCUUUUUGCAGUGCUAUUCGAGGAUGUUUGGGUCACCCCUAAAACGACCCACACCAAAGUGUCCUGCCUGCCCUGCCAUGACCCCACUGACUCAGUAAGCCUCAUAGAAUCAUGUUUCCACAACACAAAUGUUGAGUGUAUAGUAUGUUAGGUACUAGUGUUGUGUUCGAUACCGAUACCAGGUUUAGUAUCAAAAUACUCAAUACUAAAACGAUAGAACAGCAAAAAAAGAAAGCAUAUUAUCCAAAGUCACAGAAUGGCACCUGAUCCAGACAGAUAAACUCAGCUACUGCUCUGUUCAAUCGUUGGGCAUCUUUUGAGUUCAAUAUCAUUACAAAGGAUUUUUUAAAAGUCAACAUUUUGCAGAGACUGCCAUGUAUACAUUCAUUAAUCAAUUAUACAAUCAUACAAACAAAUUGACUUUGUUUUUACCAAUCUAACUUCAUAACAUAAUAGUAAUAAUUUAUUUGAAUGGUAAAUCUGUAUUGAUAAACUGGGUAAAUCAAGAUGUAGCCUAGCCUAUCCACCAUACAGGUGAAUGCAUAUCCAAUAGGAGUGUGUGCAUGCAUUGAGUUAUUGAGCUUGUUUUGGCUGAUUUCACGGGGCUACAGAUGACAAACAAUCUGUUUCCCUUCCAUUUGGGACAUAUCUUAUUGUACUGAUCAACAACAUUUGCUUCUUUUAUAAAAAAUGUUUAACCAGUAAUGGCGUCAUUCACAAGGCAAGAGGUUUGGAGCAGUCAGUUUGCUGAGGCAAAAUAUCAUCUUUGGGAGAGACGAGAGAGAGACCGAAUAAGUGAAUGGAUAAGAUUUUUGGUGGCAAUCAGCUUCAUCACAAACAAAGUACUAGGGUAAUGAAUUGAUGUUAGCUUUAGCUGUCAGCUAGCAAAGAAAGUUAGCCUACAAAGCUGGAAGCUACAGGUGUUUUCUUGCAUUGUAAAGUGUUCUUGCUUGUAUAGAUAUUGUUUUGCAAACAGUAAUUAGCAGUUACAAAAUUUCUACAUGCCGUGUCGCAUUACUCACGUGUGUUAACUUCUGUGCAGCAUGAAUAGGGAGCUAACAUGAUGCAUCCCAGACUCCAAGUGCAGGCUAGCAAUGAGUAAGUGGAGCAGGCACGAUGCGCGCUAUAAUAAGGGGUCGGCUGUGCUGAUAGACAGGCUUAAUCCGUGAGACACAUUUGAGUACCGAAAGUAACAGAAAUUCUAGUACCGAACCAUUUUUCAUGUACUGUUGAAAGGGUCAGGAAGUUGCGGUAUAUCGUGCAACACAAUUAAGGAAAUGGGUAUGUUCAGCGUAAUGCUAAAGCCACUAUUCCCCCUAGCUGUCGGAGGGUGAAGCUGAAGUCAGGCAUGGCAGAGGAGGGUGGCUGUCCUCCCUGAGUGAGGGGGAGGAAGGGGACAUCACCUGGACCCCCAAGCAACAACAAGUCCCUCUGAAGUCAAAGACCAGUAGAACAGGACGGCACCGCAGAGCCAACGCCUCCACCAAGGGUCCCCCUCGCACCCCUCUUAACCUGAAGAAGAAGUGUGUCAACGGCUUCAUCAUGUUCUGCCGCAUCAACAGGAAGACCUACCUCUGGUGAGUGACUCCUGACCUUUAACCCCAUAACCCUGUGUUUCAGCUGGAUGUACUGUACCUCUGUGUGUCUGUAACUAAGAUGGCUGCCAUGUCUUUGAACAGCACCCACCCUGGCACCCCGUCUACUGUGGUCACCAAGGAGCUGGCCAGCCUGUGGCACGUCAUGCCCAAGCAGGAGAGGCAUGUCUACUGGUCAGUAACUUUCUCAUUGUGUCUGUCUCUGUACUUACAAUUGGAAUUUCUCAGUUUUACAGAGGAGCUUGUGUAAUCUCUCUCAGUCUGAAGGCCCGUCGCUUCAGCCGCCAGCAGAACCGUAACGUGAGGAGUGAGUUGGUGGAGGGAGACGGGGAGGAAGAGGACUGUGUACCCAGCCCCCUCCACAUGCUGCUGGCCCAGAGAGACCUGUGUGCUGCAGCCAGAGGAGGCCCCUAG